AAGCUGUCAAAUUUGACAUCAACAAUAACAAAUUUGGAGGUUAUUUUUCUCUUACAAACUUGUUCUGUUUUGUUAAUUUAUUUAUUCUAAAGUAGAAUAAAUAACAUAAUACUAUGUCAUCUGAAGAAAAUGUAGACAGGGAAGCGAUACAAGCUAUAGUUAAUUUUGUAAAGUCCAACGUCCCCAGAUCAGACGUACCAAAUGUGGAGGCUGAACUGAAGAAAGACUUCGUACUUGCUAAACGUAGGAGCAGGACACGGAAACAAAAGGCUAAGAAGAAAAAAGUCAAGAACUUGACGAGAAAAGAAAAGAAAUCCCUAGGUUUCUAUUCAAUUCCAAGAGACAGCGUAAAAUAUGCCGACGUCCAACCUAUGAACGAUAUUUGGUUAGAAUAUAUUUCAAAUAUGUUAGAAUUAGAUAAAGAAGUGCCACAAAUGUGUAGCAAAGGAUGGGAAACGUUUAGCCAGACUAUAUACAAAGCUGAUUUCCAUGGAAGUAUGCUAGAAGUAGCACGUUCUAAAUGCCCUAGUUAUGUAGGUAAAAAAGGGAUAUGCAUAAUGGAUACUAGAAAUACGUUUAAAAUUGUAUCGACAGACAAUACAGUGACAACCAUACCUAAAAGGGACAGUGUCUUUGAUAUUUACAUGAAGAAGAUUAAAGUCACAAUAUUUGGGAAGCAUAUUUGUGUGCGACCAGCUGAGAGAUCAUCCAAAAAGUUUAAGUCACUACUCUUUCCGGAUUUAUAGCUAUAAUAAAGUUUAUGC